UUUUAGACAAGUAAUCAUUUAUCACUUUUACAAAAUAAAAAGAAUUAUAAUAAAUCACUAAAAUGGACAUGCUUAUGGAUUCUGGAAUUGAAAUUAUUUAUGUAUCCUCAGAUACAGAUGAAAAGGCCUACAAAUACGAUUUUACUAUAAAACAGGGACCCUGGAUGGCAAUUCCCUUUAAGGAUCCUGUUGCUACCGAAUUAAGGUACAAAUAUGAUAUAAGUAGCUUACCGACUAUAAUAGUGGUAAACAAGGAAGGACAUAUAAUAACAAGAAAUGGAAGAAGUGAACUUGAGGCAAUUGGAAUUAAUGUAAUAGUCACUUGGACCGAGUAUAUUCAAUCAUAGUCGGCUAUCACUAUUUCUUAAAAUAAAUAAUCUAGCAAAUGCAUUUCAGUGUUAACCUCAUACAGGCCAAAUCUAAUUUAAUCUAGUCCAAUAAAGUAUAUGAAGGGGUUAUCGCCCUAAAUUGGUACAAGAUAAACCUCCCCCAUAUCGUCAUUAUAAACUCAUUAGCGUCGAGUAAAGGUUUAUCGCCUCAUCAUGCAAAAUUCAGGUGCUUCGCGAUCUCCGUUGAUAAAAGGUACUGUUUAUUGUUAUCGAUUUUUAAUCAAUAGCGUAGAAGGCAGGGUUUAGUAUGGGUAGAAAUAUAAAUAAAAAAUUAAUAACUUA